CUAUCAUCCCUUCCCACUUGACCACUUGACCACUGACCACUGACCACUGACCACUGGCUCACUCUUCGUUUCUUAUCGUGCAAUCCUUCCCUGCCUAUUCAAACUUGCCUUUGUUCACUCGCUUUCUCACUCUCAGACACAUUCUUUCCUACCUGCUCCUUCAUUGUGCAACCUUCCUUCCGGUCACAAACGAGCCUGAAAGCCAUCAGUAACAACAGAUCCUGAAAGCCACCCGUCAUAACAGAUCCUUGGGGUUUUUAAACCUCGUAGGCAACAGCGAAACACAUCAUCAGUAUAGACAUAUGAUACGAUGACGGUCUUCGUUGCAAGUCUGUUCUUGCCUUACACGGUCAAUUUCGAUGGCCCGCCAGCAUGGAACGGCUCUGCGCCCGAGUCUCUAACGAUGAAAAGAGACGAGCAGGUGAUUCCAGCUGCAGCUAACUCUCCGGCAGUCGUCUCCAAGCUGCCCUUGGUCGACGGCCCGUCCUCAGUCAGCCUGUUUACGCCUAACCCAAACACUGCUGCACUCUCCGCAACCCUCACUCAGACCCCAGAUGUCAUCAUUCAGACACCGGGCGCCACCACCGACCACGAGAAAAUCUUUCGACCCCAUGUUCAGCGGCCAAUGGCCCUGUCCCUGCCUAGCCACAUCAAAGAGAAGAAGGAGCAGAGCGAGAAGGAUACAGAACAGCAGCCUCAGGAGCAGGCGGUACGUCCAGUGCAGCUCAAGGACCUUCGAGGCGUCUCCCGUCACGACUUGCACUCUCCGGGCUGGGGCAAGAGCUUCGUAUGGAAUCAGCCACCGUCACGAGCGAAGUCCCCACCGCCGAGUUCCAUUCUGAAGCAUGCGGCAGCCGAGGCGAAAGAAAAGGCCCUUGCUAUGGUACAAACUGCGCAGAGAAAGGCGGCUCGCGCUGGACAUCGGAGAUCGAGGACAGUCAGCCAUGAUCGACGGUUCUCAGAAUACAAUUACAGUGUGGAGAAGGCAGUUAUUGGCAAUGGUGGUUUGUUCAAUGCCAUUGACGCCGCCACCGACGCUGGACAAUUGGACGAGAAGCUCUGGGUAGGCACUUUGGGCUGUCCCAUUGAUGUCCUGGAGGACCACAUGAAAGAAAACAUUGCAGAGAAGCUGGAGAACGACUAUGACUCGUUGGCUGUCUAUGUCAGUGACAGUGAUCUCAAUGGUCACUACGAGCAUUAUUGCAAAACCAUCCUGUGGCCAGUAUUCCAUUAUCAGAUUCCAGACCAUCCAAAGAGCAAAGCAUAUGAGGAUCAUUCCUGGAUAUUCUACGUCAAAGUCAACGAGGCCUUCGCUGACCGCAUAGCCAAAAAUUACAAGAAAGGCGACAUCAUCUGGAUCCACGAUUAUCACCUCCUGCUUGUGCCUGGGCUGCUGCGGCAAAAACUACCAGAAGCCGAGAUUGGAUUCUUUCUGCACACCGCGUUCCCAUCCUCUGAAAUCUUCCGCUGCCUUGCGGUCCGAUCCGAACUUCUCGAAGGUAUCCUCGGCGCAAACAUGAUCGGUUUCCAGAACGACGAGUAUGGCCACCAUUUCCUCCAAACUUGCAGUCGCCUGCUGAAUGUUGAAGCCACCAAACAUGGAGUGAUCCUAGAAAGUGGCAGGUUUGUUCACGUCAAUACAUGUCCGAUCGGUAUCGACCCGAAGGUUGUUGACCAGCAACGCGGUUCGCCAGAAGUGUUGGAUUGGGUCAAAACGAUUACCGAAAAAUACCGUGGAAAACGUAUCAUUGUUGGCCGAGACAAAUUAGACAACAUUCGUGGAGUUCGGCAAAAGAUUCUGUCUUACGAGCUCUUCCUCAACAAAUAUCCUGAAUACAAAGACCAAGUGGUCCUUAUCCAGAUCGCUACUUCAUCCACCGAGGAUCCCGAGCUAAGCGCGACGGUCGCCGAUAUCGUCACUCGAGUCAAUUCCACUCACUCGACAUUAGCUCAUCAACCACUGGUCUUCCUCAAGCAAGAUAUCGAUUUUGGGCAGUAUCUCGCGCUCCUGACGGUAGCCGAAUGCCUGAUGAUCACUAGUUUGCGAGAAGGUAUGAAUCUGACCAGCCAUGAGUUCGUCAUGUGUCAGGACGGUAAAUUCGCCAACCCCAAACAUGGUCCUCUCGUUCUUAGUGAGUUCACUGGUUCGGCGACUGUCUUUGGGCACAACGCGAUUUUAGUCAAUCCAUGGCACUACACGCAAUGUGCGGAUGCUAUCAAGCAAGCUCUCGAAAUGCCUUCAGAAGAAAGAGAACGCCGGUGGAAGGGUAUGUACGAUAUUGUCGUCAACCAGAAUGCCACGGCGUGGUAUCAUCAGUACACGGAGGCAUUGCAUCAUGCGUGGAAGGAACAUUCCGUCCGAGAAGCAACUUCGGUGCCGCGAUUGUCCGUAAGUUCGGUCAAAUCGAAAUAUCAAAAAGCGUCCAAACGCUUGAUCAUCCUCGACUACGAAGGUACUUUAGCCUCUUGGGGAUCCCCGACCGACAUCAUCCUGACGACGCCCAAACGUUCAAUCGAUGUUUUGAAUGACCUUAUUGAGGACGAGAGAAACAUUGUCUACGUUAUGAGUUCGAGAAUGCCCGAGGAAUUGGAACGACUUUUCAGUCCAGUGAGUAAUCUGGGAAUGAUUGCGGAAAAUGGCGCCUACUUGAAAGCACCCGACACAGAUGAAUGGGAAGAGUUGGCCAAUUCAGAGGCUGCUAAAGUCUGGAAACAAGGUGUUCGCAGCAUUCUCCAGUACUACGUCGAGAGAAUUGAGGGCAGCAGAAUUGAAGAGAGGCAUUCAUCUGUUGUCUUCGAUUACGCCGAGGCCGAAGACAUGGCUGGGGCCUUCAAGCAAGCUGGUGAAUGCGCAAAUCAUAUCAAUGACGCCUGUCAGGGACAGAAUGUCUGUGCCGUACCGAUCGAAGAUGGCUUGUAUAUUUCUGAAGUCGGUAUCAACAAGGGACUCGCUGCUCAGAUGAUUAGCGACACUUUGGAGAAGCUGAGCCGGUCCCGGGGUGAGCCAAUGCCCGACUUCCUGAUGGUGGUCGGCGAUUCAAGAGAGGAUGAGUAUGUGUUCAACUGGGCACACAAGCUGGAAAAGGCUGGGAUAAUCAAGAACGUGGUGACUGUCACUGUGGGAGCAAGAAACACCGAGGCUUCGGCCACCCUGACACAAGGAGUGACUGGUGUUUUGUCGAUCCUCGAGAAGCUCGUUCGAAUCUCACAAGGAUGAAGCAGUGACUCCGGUCACAUCCCGCUUGCUGUGCUUCCAAGGACGUAUGUGGCAUCGGCAUUAAGCGAGGAGUUGCAUGAAGGGUUCAUUAUGAGCACAUGAGGGAACGGAACGAAUAGACAGGUCUGCAUCUCAUUGAUACCCAUGCAUUAUGUAAGAGCGAUACCUCCUAAACGGCAAUUCAAUAGCUUUGUUGUUCCACCUC